AACACCCCGAAAACGGCGGGGAAUACUGAACGAAAGCCGGGGAGUUCCUGGGAGGAUAUGCCGGUUACAGCAAGCGGCACCGGCAGCGGAAAGGAUCUGGUCGUCGGUGGAAAGUACCGGUUGAUCCGUAAGAUUGGCAGCGGUUCUUUCGGUGAUAUAUAUCUUGGGAUCAAUUUGUCGAACGGUGAGGAAGUGGCUGUGAAAUUAGAGUCAUGCAAAGCCCGCCAUCCUCAGCUGUUAUACGAAAGCAAAAUUUACAGAAUCCUUCAAGGCGGCAUCGGUAUUCCCCAUAUAAAAUGGUACGGCGUAGAGCGCGAUUGCAAUGUACUCGUUAUGGAUUUAUUAGGACCUAGUUUAGAAGACCUCUUCAACUUCUGCUAUAGACGCUUCACGAUGAAAACUGUCUUAAUGUUAGCCGAUCAGAUGAUUGGUCGAAUCGAGUAUGUGCAUGUGAAGAAUUUUAUUCAUCGUGAUAUUAAACCUGACAACUUUUUGAUGGGAAUCGGCCGCCACUGUAAUAAGCUGUUUCUUAUUGAUUUUGGUCUUGCCAAAAAAUACCGUGAUGGCCGAACCCGACAACAUAUUCUUUACCGGGAAGAUAAGAACCUGACCGGCACUGCUCGAUACGCGUCCGUCAACGCGCAUCUCGGAAUCGAGCAAAGCAGGCGAGAUGAUAUGGAGUCGAUGGGAUACGUGCUAAUGUACUUUAACCGAGGGGCGAUGCUUCUUUCCCAGGCUGCUACGAAGAAACAAAAGUAUGAAAAAAUCAGUGAAAAGAAGAUGUCUUGUCCUGUGGAUGUACUCUGCAGAGGAUUUCCUGCUGAGUUUGCCAUGUUCAUCAGCUAUUGCCGUAAUCUCCAGUUUGAGGAAAUGCCUGAUUAUAUGUAUUCGCGGCAGCUUUUCCGCAUACUGUUCCGCACGUUGAAUCACCAGUAUGACUACAAUUUUGAUUGGACAAUGAUGAAGUCUAAAUCGGCCCUGAACCAGCCCACUCAGAACACAACUGCUCAAAGUGGACAGAAUUCUCAUGAAGUGACUGCGGAACACCAAGAGAGUGUUUUAAAUAGUGAUCAGAAGCCGCUGAACGUAUGGAAUGAAAUGGAUGCCGUCAGCGGGAGCAGCAGCACCGGCUCCAUCAAAGAUUCCAUUGUUGGUGGCAAGUACCGCCUAAUCCGUAAAAUUGGGUGUGGGUCCUUUGGUGAUAUCCAUCUCGGGAUCAACGUCGCGAAUGGCGAACAUUUCUGUAAUUCUGAUUUCAAGGAAGUCGCUAUUAAACUGGAACCGAUAAAGUCUCGCCACCCGCAGCUCCAGUAUGAGAGCAAAGUUUACAGGAUUCUUCAAGGCGGUAUCGGUAUUCCUCAUAUAAAGUGGUUUGGAGUUGAACGCUAUCACAAUGUUCUUGUUAUGGAUUUGCUCGGUCCUAGCUUAGAGGACCUGUUCACGUUUUGUUCCAGACAUUUUACCAUGAAGACUGUUCUCAUGCUAGCCGAUCAAAUGAUAGGAAGAAUUGAAUACGUGCACGUCAAGAAUUUUAUUCACCGUGAUAUAAAACCUGACAAUUUUCUUAUAGGAAUAGGUCGUCACGUGAAUAAAUUGUUCUUGAUCGAUUUUGGACUUGCCAAAAAAUACCGCGACGGUCGAACUCGCCAGCAUAUCGCCUACCGUGAGGACAAAAAUUUAACGGGCACAGCUCGCUACGCAUCUGUUAACGCCCAUCUGGGAAUUGAACAAAGCCGGCGCGACGAUAUGGAGUCGAUGGGCUACGUGCUAAUGUACUUCAACCGCGGAUCGUUGCCGUGGCAGGGGCUUAAGGCGGCUACGAAGAAGCAGAAGUACGAAAAGAUCAGCGAAAAGAAAAUGUCCUGCUCUGUUGAAGCACUUUGUAAAGGUUAUCCGGCUGAGUUUGCUAUGUACCUGCGCUAUUGUCGUAGUCUUCGCUUCGACGAGGCUCCGGACUACAUGUACUUGCGGCAGCUUUUUCGCAUUCUUUUCCGUACGCUGAAUCACCAGUAUGAUUAUACCUUCGACUGGACGAUCAUGAAAAGUAAGGCAGCGCAGAAUGCUCUUCCGGAACUCGCCUCACCACAGGCUGCAGCUCAGAAUUCUCAUGGUAAUUAUUUUCUUAAGAUUUAG